GGGGCGGGUCCUGCGGCACCGCCCGGGAAGCUGAGUGAAGCUGGGUGCUACCGCCACAUCCUCCGGAGCUCUGGGUCCAGGCGAGCCGAGUCGAGCCGGGCCAGGACCAAGCGGAGCGGUCCGACGGCACGAGCGAGCCGAACGCUGAGCCAUGGCGCACCAGACCGGCAUCCAUGCCACUGAAGAGCUAAAGGAAUUCUUUGCCAAGGCCCGGGCUGGCUCCAUCCGACUCAUCAAAGUCAUCAUUGAGGACGAGCAGCUCGUGCUGGGUGCCUCGCAGGAGCCAGUGGGACGCUGGGAUCAAGACUACGACAGGGCUGUGCUGCCGCUGCUAGAUGCCCAGGAGCCCUGCUACCUCCUCUUCCGCCUUGACUCUCAGAAUGCCCAGGGUUUCGAGUGGCUCUUCCUGGCCUGGUCACCUGAUAAUUCUCCUGUGCGGCUGAAGAUGUUGUAUGCAGCCACGCGAGCCACAGUGAAGAAGGAGUUUGGAGGCGGCCACAUCAAGGAUGAGCUCUUCGGGACAGUAAAGGACGACCUCUCCUUGACUGGGUACCAGAAGCACCUGUCAUCCUGUGCCGCACCUGCCCCACUGACGUCGGCUGAGAGAGAGCUCCAGCAGAUCCGCAUCAACGAGGUGAAAACCGAGAUCAGCGUGGAAAGCAAGCACCAGACCCUGCAGGGCCUGGCCUUCCCCCUGCAGCCUGAGGUCCAGCGGGCUCUCCAGCAACUCAAGCAGAAGACAGUUAACUAUAUCCAGCUGAAGCUGGACCUGGAACGGGAGACUAUCGAGCUGGUACACACAGAGCCCACAAAUGUGGCCCAGCUGCCCUCCCGGGUUCCCCGAGAUGCUGCCCGCUACCACUUCUUCCUGUACAAGCAUACCCAUGAGGGUGACUCCCUUGAAUCUGUGGUGUUCAUCUACUCCAUGCCGGGGUACAAGUGCAGCAUUAAGGAGCGCAUGCUCUACUCCAGCUGUAAGAGCCGCCUCCUCGACUCUGUAGAGCAAGACUUCCAGCUGGAGAUAGCUAAGAAGGUUCUCUGCCUCAGGACCCUGCACCCCUUGUCUCUUCUGGUGCAAGCCGCAGUGCUGACCGGGGCUCUGGCCAUGGGCACCCUUCCUGCCUUCCUGCCCUGUGAGCUGAAGCCUCAAGGCCUCGUAGACUGCAACUGGCUCUUCCUGAAAUCUGUGCCCCGCUUCUCUGCAGCCACACCCCGUUCCAAUAUCACCAACCUCUCCUUGAUCUCCAACCGCAUCCAUCACCUGCACAACUCUGACUUUGUCCACUUACCCAACCUGCGGAAACUGAACCUCAAAUGGAACUGCCCGCCCACUGGCCUCAGCCCCAUGCAUUUCCCUUGUCGCAUGACCAUCCAGCCCAACACCUUCAAGGCUGUGCGGACGCUGGAAGACCUGAACCUGAGUUACAAUGGCAUCACCACUGUGCCCCCACUGCCCAGCUCCCUAAUUAACCUGAGCCUGAGCCACACCAACAUCCUGGUACUCGAUUCUGACAGCUUCACUGACCUGUACAACCUGCGCUUUCUCUUCAUGGACGGGAACUGUUACUAUAAGAACCCCUGCCGUGGGUCAGUGGAGGUAAAGCCAGGGGCUCUCCUGGGCCUGAGUAACCUCACCCAUUUGUCACUCAAGUAUAACAACCUCACGAAGGUGCCCCACCAACUGCCCCCCAGCUUGGAGUAUCUCCUGGUGUCCUAUAACCACAUUGUCAAGCUGGCACCUGAAGACCUAGCCAACCUGACCUCCCUGAGAGUCCUCGAUGUGGGUGGGAACUGCCGCCGCUGCGACCAUGCCUUCAACCCCUGCAUAGACUGCGGGCAAGAGUCCCUCCUGCUGCACCCCGAGACCUUCCAUCACCUGAGCCACCUCGAAGGCCUGGUGCUGAAGGACAAUUCCCUCCACAUGCUGAACCCCUCCUGGUUCCACGGUCUGGCCAACCUUUCAGUGCUGGACCUGAGUGAGAACUUUCUCUAUGAGUGCAUUACCAAAACCACCGCCUUUCAGAACCUGACAAGCCUGCGCAAGCUCGACCUGUCCUUCAAUUACUGCAAGAAGGUAUCAUUUGCCAAGCUCCACCUGGCAAGGUCCUUCGCGAGCCUGGUGUCCCUGCAAGAGCUGAACUUGAACGGCAUCUUCUUCCGCUUGCUCAACCAGUACACGCUCAAGUGGCUGACCCCUCUGCCCAACCUCCAUACUCUGCAUCUUCAAAUGAACUUCAUCAACCAGGCCCAGCUCAGCAUCUUUGGUACCUUCCCAAGCCUUCGCCUCGUGGACCUGUCAGACAACCGCAUUAGUGGGUCUUUGGUAAUGUCAGCAGUCACCCCCAAAGAGGCAGAUGAUGGGGCACAGGAGAGUCUGUGGUCUGGGGUUCUCACUCCAGCUCCACUGAGCACCCCUGACCAUAAGAGCACCAUGGUCAGAUGCAGGAACCUCCCGUUCACCUUGGAUCUGUCUCGGAACAACCUGGUAGCAAUCCACCCAGAGAUGUUUGCCAACCUCUCACACCUCCAGUGCCUAAGCCUGAGCCAGAACUGCAUUGCACAGGCUGUCAACGGUUCUCAGUUCCUGCCGCUGACCAAUCUGAAGGUGUUGGACCUGUCCCAUAAUAAGCUGGACUUGUACCAUGGGCGCUCUUUCACUGAGCUCCCACAGUUGCAGGCUCUGGACCUGAGCUACAACAACCAGCCCUUCAGCAUGAAGGGUAUCGGUCACAACUUUAGUUUUGUAACCCAUCUGUCCACGCUGCGCUACCUCAGCCUGGCACACAAUGACAUUCACAGCCGUGUGUCCUCACACCUUCGCAGCGCCUCGUUGGUCUCCCUGGACUUCAGUGGCAAUUCUGUAGGCCUCAUGUGGGGGGAGGGGGACCUUUAUCUCCAGUUCUUCCGUGGUCUGAGAGUGUUGAGCAAACUGGACCUGUCUCUGAAUCGCCUGCAUAUUCUCCUGCCCCAGAACCUCGCCAACCUCCCCAAGAGCCUGAAGGAUCUCAAUCUCCGUAACAAUUAUCUGUCUUUCUUUAACUGGAGCAGUCUGGCCUUCCUGCCCAACCUGGAAGUCCUGGACCUGGCGGGAAACCAACUAAAGGCCCUGGCCAACGGCACUCUGCCUUACGGCACCCGGCUCCAGAAACUGGAUGUCAGUAGCAAUAGUAUUGUCUCUGUGGUUCCAGCCUUCUUUGCUCUGGCCUUGAAUCUGAAAGAGGUCAACCUCAGCGACAAUAUCCUCAUGACAGUGGAUCGCUCCUGGUUUGGGCCCGUAGUGGUGAACCUGACAAUGCUAGACGUGAGAAGCAACCCUCUGCACUGCGCCUGUGGGGCGGCCUUCGUGGACUUCCUGCUGGAGGUGCAGACCAAGGUGCCCGGCCUGCCCAACCAAGUGAAGUGUGGCAGUCCUGGCCAGCUGCAGGGCCGAAGCAUCUUCGCGCAGGACCUGCGGUUAUGCCUGGAUGAGGUUCUCUCCUUGGACUGCUUUGGCAUUUCCCUAUUGGCUGUGUCUGUGGGCAUAGCAGUACCAUUACUACAGCAUCUCUGCGGCUGGGACGUCUGGUACUGCUUCCAUCUGUGCCUGGCAUGGCUACCUUUGCUGACCCGGGGCCGGCGGGGAGCCCAAGCCCUGCCCUACGAUGCCUUCGUAGUGUUCGAUAAGGCGCAGAACGCGGUGGCCGACUGGGUGUAUAACGAGUUGCGGGUGCGGCUGGAGGAGCGGCGCGGGCGCCGAGCUCUGCGCCUGUGUCUGGAGGACAGAGAUUGGCUGCCCGGCCAGACGCUCUUCGAGAAUCUCUGGGCCUCCAUCUACGGCAGCCGCAAGACGCUCUUUGUGCUGGCCCACACGGACCGGGUCAGCGGCCUCCUGCGCACCAGCUUCCUGCUGGCUCAACAGCGUUUGCUGGAGGACCGCAAAGACGUAGUGGUGUUGGUGAUCCUGCGUCCCGAUGCCCACCGCUCCCGCUACGUGCGCCUGCGCCAGCGCCUCUGCCGCCAGAGUGUGCUCUUCUGGCCCCAGCAGCCCAGCGGACAGGGCAGCUUCUGGGCUCACCUGAGCACAGCCCUGACUAGGGACAACCGCCACUUCUAUAACCAAAACUUCUGCCGGGGACCCACAGCAGAGUAGCCCAGAGCUACAGCUGGCACCUUCACGCCUGGCCACCCGGGUUGCUCGGCCUACCUUGCUCUGUCCUUCUGCUUUUCUCCAGGAGCAUGCCAUGUACGCUACCAAACCACCAGCCCUGGGUUCCUGGACAGUGUGGGUGGGAGGAGAGAUGGGGAAAUUCUCCGUGUCUCCACAAAUUGAAGAGGGAGAAGAUGGGUAAAAAUAGGACCCACAGAGCAAAGGUUGGCUGUGAAGGGCGAUUUUCUUCUCAGGCAUCUUUCAGUAGGGUCUGAAGAUAGUCACCAAUUGUGCCUGGGUUCUUCCUAGAGAACAGGGCCUAGUCUGACGGUUUCUUUUGUUUUUUUGUUUGUUUGUUUGUUUGUUUGUCUGUUUUUUUAAAUUGUUCUCUGAAUGCCCUGCUCUCUGAGCUGGCCUGUGUCAUCACCUCUCUGCCUGUCUUGUAUUGAUCUGGGGUAUCUGCCUCCCUCACCUACUGGCCUAUCUUGAGGGCAGAGAAGAUGCAGGCCUAGUUUAUCUCUGGUCCUUAGCAAGGUCCUGAGAAAACUCCCAAACAGGGCAGUGUUCAUUACUAGGUGUGUAAGAAAAGAGGGAUGAUUGCACACUCGGGUGGCCGUGACUGAGCUGGACAGGGAUGAUUACACACUCGGGUGGCCGUGCCUAAGCCGGACAAAGAAGGCCAGCCUGGAUUAGAGUUCUGCCAGUGGCAGUAGCAGCAAGGAGCUGAGAGCCACAGGAGAUCAAAAAUAUAUUCAACCUCUGUGUGUGUGUUUGUGUGUGUGUGUGUGUGUGUGUGUGUGUAGUGCGUGUAUGUGUAAGGAUGCAUGUAUGUAUGAGGGUCCAUGUACACAUGUGCAGCGGGGUCCAGAGGACAACCUCACAUGUUAUUCUUCUGGUGCUGUACGAUUUUUUUUUCACCAACCCAGCGCUCACCAAUUAGCCUGUAUCAGCCGGCCACAGAAUGCCAACCAUCCCCCUUCUCCCAGCCCUGGGGUUAUAAAGGUGCCACACUGAGCUUUUCCACACAGGUUUUGGGAUCAAAUUCAGGCCCCUGUACAUGCACGACAGGUGCUUUACAGACGGCAUCAUCUUCCCAACCCCGUGUCUGCCCUUUUGACAUCAUGACAAACAGUGUCACCUGCAUAGUUCACAUUUGAGAUCUGUGUGCCGAGUUAAAACACAAAACAAAUUCCACCAAAAAUGAAAACUUCAGUGGACAGUUUUGUAUCUGACUACAUUCCCAGCUAUGCUGGGGCACAUCAGGACGUGGACCACAGCCUGAACAUACCUAUUCAGAUGAACUCACAAUGCAGCCCUUCCCACUUCCAUCUAGAGGAUCAUGCCAGGUCACUGUUCAGAUAUCAAAAGAGACCAAGGUGAGCUGCUACCUGGCUACAGAGGGGAGGGGGCCUCUUCCAUGUACUUGUCUCUCAGACCUGCUUAAAUUUAGACUGAGGCCUAGUCACAUCUGAUCAAGAUGGAAUAUAUAUACAUAUGUAUAUGUUUCUUUCUUCAUUUUCUUUCUUUCUUUCUUUCUUUCUUUUUCUCUUUCUUUCUUUCUUUCUUUCUUUCUUUCUUUCUAAACCAGGCAGUAUCUCACUACAAAGACCUGGCUAACCUGGGAACUCUAUGUAGACCAGGCUGGUUGGGAACUCCCAGAGAUUCACUUGCUUCUGCCUCCCAAAUCCCGGGAUUAAAGGUGUGUACUACCAUGCUCAGUGUUUUGUUUUGUUUUCUAUUUUAAAGUUGCACUUAUUUCUUGUGUAUAUGUAGAGGUGAGCAAGUGCCAUGACCAGCUUGUGGAGGUUAGAGGACAAAGGUCAGGUCUUCUUCCACCAUAUGUGGUCCAGAGAUUGGACUCAGGUUGAUGACACAAUUAAGUUCCAGGAAAGAAGCUGCGCUGCACAUUCCACCGAGCCUUCUGCAAGGCUGAUUACUGUUACAGACUGUUAAAGAGUCCAGAAACUAAUUACAAUUCUAAUAAAUUACAACUUAUCUUA